CGCCUUCGAUUCCUACAUUUUUCUUUUAUUUCUGGUUCUUGCUGUUGAUCUCUGCUUGAGAUUCAUUUCAUUUCUAGAAUCCACGCCAUUAAGGUUUCCGAGAAAGUGACAUUUCGAUCUCCAAUUUGAGUAAUCGAUACGGAUCUUUGAGGUUCUGGAUUUUCUGUAUUCCGAGUUCUGAGUCUUCUUGCUUUGCUAAUCGAAUUCUGAAUUUUCAAUUGUGUGCGCAAGGGAGGUAAAAAUGGGUUUAAAGCAGACGAUUAAGAGCUUGGAUGCGUUUCCUCGAGCAGAAGAGCAUUUGUUGCAGAAAACUCAAACUGGGGCGCUAGUGUCUGUUAUUGGAUUGGUCAUAAUGGCGACACUAUUUUUUCACGAAUUGAGAUAUUACCUCACCACAUAUACGGUUCAUCAGAUGUCGGUAGACUUGAAACGUGGAGAAACUCUUCCCAUUCACAUAAACAUGACUUUUCCUUCUUUACCUUGUGACGUGUUAAGUGUAGAUGCAAUCGAUAUGUCGGGCAAGCAUGAAGUGGAUCUUGACACAAAUAUAUGGAAACUUCGUCUUAACAGCAAUGGCCAUAUCAUCGGCACUGAAUAUCUGUCUGACCUUGUGGAGAAGGAACACGCUGAUCACAAGCAUGAUCAUGAUAAGGAGAAAGAUCAUCCUCAUAUACAUGGCUUUGAUCAAGCUGCUGAAGCUUUGGUAAAAAAGGUUAAGCAAGCAAUAGCAGAAGGAGAAGGCUGUCGGGUUUAUGGGGUUCUAGAUGUUCAGAGGGUUGCUGGGAACUUCCACAUUUCAGUUCAUGGCUUGAACAUUUUUGUGGCCCAAUUGAUUUUUGAUGGGUCUAAACAUGUGAAUGUCAGUCACAUGAUUCACGAUUUGUCUUUCGGUCCAAAAUACCCUGGAAUUCACAACCCUCUUGAUGGUACAGUUCGAAUUUUACAUGACACAAGUGGGACCUUUAAAUAUUAUAUAAAGAUUGUUCCAACUGAAUAUAGAUAUAUCUCAAAAGAUGUGUUGCCUACCAAUCAGUUUUCAGUCACUGAAUAUUUCUCGCCUAUGACCAACUCUGAAAGAGCAUGGCCAGCUGUUUACUUCUUAUAUGAUCUUUCACCAAUCACUGUGACCAUCAAAGAAGAAAGACGAAGUUUUCUCCACUUCAUAACUCGACUGUGUGCUGUGUUAGGAGGCACCUUUGCGGUGACAGGAAUGCUAGAUCGCUGGAUGUUUCGGUUUCUUGAGGCUCUGACAAAACCAAAAAGAAGAAGUGGGUUGCAUUAAAAGAUUGGUCCAUGAAUACUACAUUGGUUCAUUGGCAAAAGAGACUGAAUGUGGAAGUUUUUGUAAGGUGACGGCUGCUGCUUUGGUGGAAACUAACUCUGGGAGGGUGCUUAGAACUGAAGUGCUUUGGUCUUUCUCCUAAAAUUUUCCCCCACUUCCUCUAUGGUUGUGUGUAAAUUUAAAUUAGCAAGGGGGGGUUGCCUCUUUUCUUGUCUCUUCUCUUCUCUGGAACGCCACGGGGAUAUAUAAAGGAAUUAUAGUAAUAUUACUCUGAUUAUUCCUAGCAGUUUUCAUCUGUUAUUUGCUUCAUUGUCAACCCCACAACCUUAAUGAUUUUUAUUAUAAUGCCAAUGGUUCCUGAUGGGUCGGUCUAUUUAAAGCC